CAAUCAUUCCGUCGAAAAAUGUCACCUUAAACAGAAGCCACAUAGCAGUAUCAAUAUACUGUUUUAAUUUAAUUUUAAUGGGCUAAAUAGUUACUGAGAUAUCGAUACUCAAUCUAAUAACCAGAUAUAGGUGCUAUAUCACACAGUGGUGUGUUUAAGACAGACAUAAUAACUAUUGCUACUUCUACUAGCUUUCCAUGUAAGCACAUAAUAUCACAAUGGUACAUAAAGUGUAGUUAGUUUUUUGCGAUAUCUCUUGUUAUUUUUUUUUGUGUCUUUGAGCCUUAAACGAACAAAAUGACGGCUGUCAAUACAAGUUCUAAAAAGGCUUCUGUGUAUAAGCAAUGGACUGUGGGAUUUAUUGCAACGACAAGCAUGCUAACCUACGGACUGCAAUCCGGCUGGGUGUCGCCUGCAAUCCCCACGCUGCAGUCGGAAAACAGUCCAGCCGGCUACCCUUUGUCCAACUACGAGAUUUCUUUAAUAGCCAGUGGCAUUAGUGUCCUAGCGACCUUCACGGCCGUAAUAUAUGGAUACAUAUCGGACGCUAUUGGCCGACGAUGGACUUUAGUCGCUAUAGUUGUACCACAGAUCCUAUGUUUCGCAUUGAAGCUAAUCUCCGCUCAUCCUAUAUGCCUCAUGGUAUCCCAAGCUUGCGCAGGAGUCGCCGGCGGAGGCAUCUUCACUGUCUCUCCCAUAUACAUCAAGGAAAUCGCACAGGAUUCUUUGAGAGGCGUUAUGGGAUCGUCUGGCAUGUUUUUAGGAAUUCUUGGUCAGCUGACAAUGUAUGCGAUGGGUGGAUACAUGAGCUAUUACACAGUCCUCUGGAUAGUAGUGUGGCUGCCUAUUCUGAAUUUAAUAGCACUAUUUAAAAUACCGGAAUCACCAGCUUUCUUAAUCAAAAAAGGAAAAGUCGAGGAAGCAACUAAAGUCAUGGCCUGGCUGAGAGGAGUGGAAGAAACUGAUAAAGAAGUGGAGAGGGACAUUUCAAUCGCUAAAAAUGAAAUAGCAACAUACGAAAAUUUACCUGCAGUAUCAUGGAAGACUAUCCUGUCAAACAAAGUAUCCAGAAGAGCUCUUUUUUUCUCUUUUCUCGCACUUACAUUGUUGGACUUGGGAGGAAAUUACGCAAUUCUCGUAUAUGCUUCGGUGAUCCUUCAAGACUCCGGAGUGACAAUUUCCCCAGAGCUGCAAGCUUUGUCUUUCCCAGCCCUUUUUGCACUGGGGUGCCUGUUAUCUAUUUUCACUGUGGAAAAAUUCGGAAGAAAGCCAUUGAUGAUAACUAGUGCAAUUUUAAUCGGAGUGCCUCUGGCAGUAUUGGGAACAUUACUUCUCAUACAAGAAAAGGGAGGUUCCUUUCCAUCUUGGUUAACAGCCGUUUGUAUAUGUGCAUGCUUGUACGCCAGUGGACUGCUAUAUCCUCUACCUUAUGUGGUCAUGUCGGAAAUUUUCAGCAUAGAGCUGAGAACAAAAGUGCUCGGUGUGAUUGUGACGUCCGGCUGGUUGUUCUGCGCGCUUCAGGCUUUGCUGUUUACGCCAAUAUCCGAAUAUUUCGGGAGAUACACCCUGUUCUUCGGCUUCGCCUGCUUCAACUUUAUAGGAGCUGUCUUGUGUUAUAUAACCAUGCCGGAAACAAAAGGAAAGACUGUUGAGCAGAUUGAAAAAGAAUUUGGAGGUGGAAAAUAAUAAGCUACAAAACAAA